AUGGCGACGUCCAACUCAGUCCCGGCCUCGGCUCCAAAACAGGAGCCGUUAGACGCCCUCCAGUCACUCAUCAACGAUGUUCUCGUGCAAACUGGAAAGGCCCUGCGGGCAUCGCGUAAAGACUCUCGCGGGAAUCUGACACAUAUCCCUGGCACUUCACAAUCCAAGCUGCCAGAGACCAUUCGGCUCUUCCACAACGCGCUGGACGAGCUUGAAGAGGAAAUUAUUGAAGCCAAGUCGGUCUUACUCAGAGAUCUCAAUGAGCUACAAGAGAGGAAGAAGAAACUCUUGGCCCAAACACAAACUACUCCUCAGCAGUCCAUAACUAUUGAUAUCCCAUCCACAUCGCCUGAGCCCAUGCUCAAGGACGAGCCCAUGGCAGAGAGCAUAGACUUGAAGCCUAUGGCACCAUUCCCCAAUAUGAGCAUUGAUCUUUCAGAGGCCGACCACAUGGAUAUCUCUGCCGGGGAGUCCAACGGCCAGCAACCGCAACCGCCACCACCCGGCGGCAUGAAUGGAAUCAACGGAAAGGCCAGCCCAGGAUUCGCCUCUCGGCUGCCCGCUGGAGAUCACAAGCCGACUAUAGACAUGCUGCCUGAAACCACCAGCUCAAAUCAGCCUCGCACCAAGGCAGAGACUUCCGGCAUGAACUUUACCAACAUGGAAUUCACUCUCGCGCCGCCGAGUAACGAAGCUUCUGGCCAGAAUACGUCUUCCAAGGAGCCCUUUUUCGACCUAACCACCUUUGCCCCGGCUGAUGGCGGGGAUGAAAUAUUGAAUCUCAACAACCUCUUACCUGACCAGCCAUCUACUGGCAAUAACAACAAUAACAACAACCAGCCGUCAAUCUCAGCCGCCGCUCAUAGCAUCUCAAUCCCCAACGCCAACGCUCCCGCAAAGGUUGAAGAACCAAAAAUCGAAGCCCUUGAUCCCUCAGCCAAUCUCAACACAGAGUUCUUCGGCAACGAUGCUGGAGCCGCCGACGGAAUGGACUUUGACUUUAGCCUAGGUGGCUCCGGAGACGAUACCUUUGACGACCUUAUGAACAACCGCGACAGCACCUUUGAGCUUAUGGAUGCUGGCGGUGACUUUGACACUGCCUUUUUUGGACUGGACAAACCGGAUGAGACGACGUCUUAA